GUUUAUUGUUUCGAUAAGAUAGGUUUAGCACAUACGUUGGGGUAACGUACAAGUGCGGUAUUCAGAAUGAUUUUACCGUACGUUGUAAGGUUGAAACUUUUCUUUACCAAAAUCGCACAGUUGGAAAACUUCCAUUCAACCUCCCUCGUUGCAUUCAUUUUGCCUUAGCAUUUGAGCUACGGCAAUUUACAUCAACGAAGGACGACUAUUGUCAAGGGCAAGGUUCCUACAUAUGAGCGCCCGAGAUUCAUGUGAUCCCAAAACACUUAGGAAGUUGUGUGAACAAAAAUAUGACAAGAGUACAGCACUUCUUUCCAUCUUAAAAGAGAAUUUGACGGCAAUUGGAAAUGAGUUGGAUACCUUAAUAGAGAAGAAUCAAAUACGUUUUCACGCUGAAAAUGGGAAUGUAUUGGAAGGAUCGAAAGGUUUAACCGAAGCCAAGAAGAAGCGAAAGAAUUCGAAACGAUUAACAACGGACGCGAAUUCUGGGAAACUGGAAAAUCGCAAGGAAUGGAAGCAGCUUUUGUCUGUUAAUUCUACGAUUGCUGCCCUUAUAGGCGAAAUUUUGCUGACAGAUGUUUCUUUUGCUUUAGAAAAGGAUGCUUUAACUUUUAUAUGGACGAAGGUUCAUUAUCGAGUUAUUUCCUUUUUGAAACAUAAAAUUGUUCAGACGUCUAGGAAGAAUAAUAUAGAGGUACUUGGGUCUUUAGUGACUCUAUAUUUUCAUUACCUUGACACUUGCGUUCAUUUUUACGUUUCUUUCGCCUUCAUUUUGAUUAAAGUUUACCGCUUGCAAUGCCUUGAGCCUUUAGCAUCUUAUCUUGCUACUCAACUUGCCUUCAAAACUACGAAAAAGUCUCGAAAAAUAAAGGUUGAAUCGGGAAGUGCUUUGCAGCAGGAUACUCUUUUAAAGUCUUUGUUUUCUUCUAUUUUUGGUUUAAAAAAUCUGUUUUCCGGUACUUUGAGUUCCAUUAUUCAAAAUACAUCAACAUCUGCCGAUCCUGAGACAGCUACUAGACGCUCUGCAUACGUUUUUAGUCCUUUAUUUGAUUCUUCUUUGCCUGACAAACAAGCUCAUUACCUGAUUAGUACUGUAUAUGGUUCUCUUAUUUAUGUAGGUGAUAUCUAUCGUUAUUUGGCUCAGGCUCGUUCUCCAAAAUUGCCGGAUUAUUCUAUUGCUAGAAAGUAUUACUAUAUGGCUGCUUAUGCUGUUCCAAAUUGCGGCAUUCAUUAUCAUCAGUUAGGUUUAAUCGAAGUACAAAAUGCUGAUUCAUCCGCCACAAACUCUCCUCGAAGUCGUUUUCAAGGACUAUACAAAAGCUCGUCUUCUAGCUCGCUUCAUACAAAUGAAGCUUCUUCUAAACCGAUGGUUGAAGAUGCUAAUUUGUUAGGAAUUUCCUAUUUCUUUUUGGCUUCUAUUUCUCCCAACGGUGUUGCUGCAAAAGGUGCUUGUAACAGCCUUCUUAUUGCACUUAAGCGUAUUUUAGGAAAACCCAGUUCUUUUGACCCAUCUUUAGUAAUGUAUCAAAAGGACAAUUCUCUUGUAUCCUUAUUUCUUCGACUUUAUGCUCUGGCAUUUUCCGACUUUGACUGUAUGUCUUAUACAAGCUCACUUGUAAAGCGAGUUCGAUUUUUAUUAAGUGAUUCUUUAAAAAACGCCAAGUUGUCUUACGAAACAUUAUUGAGAAUGGCUUACUGUGCGCUUGCUGCAAGGUGUCUCGCAUCGAAGUUAGGGUAUAGUGAAACACAAGAAGCAAAUAAGAGGGUUCCUUCUGCGAAACUAGCUACACAGACGACCAUAAUGUUUUUUGAAGUACUUCUGGAUGCAGUGAAUGGUCAGCUUCCUUUGCAUGCACUAAAUGUAAGUUCUUUGCACAAAGAUCACCCACAACCUUAUGGAGUGCUCCUGCAUAAUAAAAUCCUUUCCCCAAUGGUUUUACCUAUAUGCACGUUGGUUUCUUUCUGCCUAAAGCAUGGAGAUACUUGGCUGACAAAAGAUAUUCGAGCAGGUCUAUCACAGAUCUACAAUCGUUUUAACUUCUUUUUUGAAAACACAAAGCAGGCUUUACCUACUGAGGAAUCCUUAAGUUGGAGUACUCAAUGGGAUGUUGGUUUACCGUUUUUCUUUCCCAUGCAACAAGUGUAUGAUGUGAAUUACGACUUGCUGAAAUUACUUAUGACAAAUAAAAUUUACCCUCUAGGAGAGAAAGAGGAAACGGAACGUCAAAAGAUAAACAAGGAUCACGCAUCGUUGAAACUAUCUAUUGACUCUUUGUAUAUAUUGUUAGGUCGACAUGCAAAUGCUCAAGCUUCAUCUGUGUCCGUAUCAUCUCCUGCAACCCCUCACGGAUUCUAUCGGCCUUUGGAGUCAACAGGUAUUCCUGCUUACCCUCAGUUCAGUGCAUCGUCUUUACCAUCUGACCAAUCUUCACCUACAUCACCGUUUUAUUCUGGCGCUUCUUCUGUUUUACAACCGUCAUCGAGUAUCGCAAGCUUACAAUUUGGUAGAAUGGUCGACCCUAGACCAUCGCAGCCAAUUUCACCUUCUCUAUCUGAAAACCUGACUCAGAUGACACAUUCGAAGCUUAUGGCUUCUUUUGAUGCCACACGAGAAAAGGAUGUAAGUAGGCCAGGGACACCUUUCUAUGAUCCACAUUUACGUUCACAUCGAACAUCGAUAUCAACCGAUAAUGAAGAUUUUCAUCAAAAUACCCCGUUGAAUGGUGAAAGGAUUUUAUUUCGACCUAUUGGAAGUCCUAAGCCACAGCCAAAUUCUUCUAGCGAUACUUCUGAUGUGCAGCGUCAACUGUUUUUAUCAGAAUUGUUAAAGAAAAUGAUUAACAUCAAUGAUACUUGAAGAGGCUUGUCGUACAAUUUUCUUUUCUUUUCUUUUUUUUUAUUUUUUUUUAAAAAAAAAGCGGCCUUGAAAUGAGGUAGGAGCGUAUGACCGCUUGUAACGCUUGAGAAUUAAAAAAUGAAGUUAAGGAAAGGCAUAUUAGUAUGAAUCACCCGACGUUUGUCUGUCAAGAUGAUGGAAAUGAUUUUUUUUAAUGGUAAUAAAAAGGACACGUAGAAGUGUUCGCGCUAAAUUAUAAUGACAAGGGAAUCGAAUCCUUGUCAUUGUAGAUUCUUUCAAUCACUCCUCGUUCAUUCUGUUUCUGAUAACCUAAAGAAAUGUUUUGUUAUCCUUAUAGUACUCAGCAAGUGCAUAGAUACUAUUAUUCCUAGGAAUAAGGGACAUGCAAAAGGUUGCUUACUCUUAAAGUAGUAUAUGAGAGUAAUGAAAUUGGAACAUAUACAAAGUAAAAUUUUGAAUCUAACAAGUAAUGGUACAUAUGAUAUACGUUGUCUGAACCUUGCAAUCCAGUAUUUAAUUUUCACUACAAUUGCUUUUCUACUCGUUAGAAUAUUUUUUAAAAAUAUUCUUGGCAAUGUCACCGGAAUAAUACUGAAAGUAUGGAUAGAACUGAGAAUAGAAUCAGGAAGGGGUAAUUUUACUCCAUAAUGUUGCAAAUGUAAAGUAUUAUCUGAUGAUAUCAAAACUUGUCUGGCAAGCA